AUAUUUGAAGCCCUCCACGAAUGUAUACAAACCUACUACCAACAGUAGUAUUUGCUCAUUUUGCGAAAAACAAUCACCUUGUCGACUAUCCAUGUACCAAUCUCAAAUCAAUAGUCAUGUCCGAGGUCGCGAGUGGGCGUUUUACGUUGAAAAAAGGGGGAUAAAUCACCAUCAUAGAACUUCAGGGCUAUUAUUGCGUGGGUGAAGCUCCUUUUGAGGGAAACAACCCCAGAAAACACGGGAACAAACGAGGAACAAAGACUAGGGCGAGGUUUGGUUGGGUUAAUCCCCCACCACACCUGAUGUCUUGUGUACGUCAUCAGAGUGCGAUGGGGUUCUCCCCUUGUUCACCACAUCUGUGAUGCUCUCCUCUGCUGCUUUUGGACAGUUGACAUACGUGUGAGAGACACCCGUGAAUUAUUUCGUGGGAUGACCCGUUAAGAUUUAGUCAAUACGUUAAUACUUUCCAAGUUUUAUUGACAACAAUACAUUCGGUUUGUGAUCACCAUCGAGAAUGGUUGGGUUAAAGAAUCUUCUCGUUCUCUGCGGAAUCGUUGGAUUGACGAGUGGAUAUCAUCUACCUUCAGCAGGCCCUAUAAACGAGGACUUCGUUACUCCACAUUAUACACAUUACGAAGAACUCAAGAGACUUUUCAAUAAGUUGGAAGUUGAUUAUCCAAAUCUAGCCAAAGUUCAUUCCAUUGGGAAAUCCGUGGAGGGUCGAGAUCUACUGGCCCUCGAGAUCACCCAGAAUGUCGGUGUACGGACAUUGGGAAGACCCAUGGUCAAGUAUGUUGCUAAUAUGCAUGGAGAUGAGUCUGUUGGGAGACAACUCAUGAUCUACUUGGCACAGUAUCUGCUGGUUAAUUAUCAUAAUGAUGAACGCAUCGGGAGACUUGUUAAUACCACCGAUAUCUAUCUGAUGCCCUCGCUGAACCCAGAUGGCUUCGAAAAGUCAGAGUUCUCCAUGUUUAUGACUCUGCUGGCGGAAAAACUGUCAUUUCUACAAAAACAAAUUGAAAUAAUAGUAGAUGGGUUGGCAGAGUGUACGGAAAAACGCUGCGAAUCGAAGAGCGAUUAUUCAGGGCGAGAGAACGCUAAUCAUGUGGACCUGAAUCGAGACUUUCCGGAUCAAUUUGAUAGAUCUGCCAAUCACGACAUCCGGGGUGGGGAUAUUCUCACUGGCAGGCAGAAUGAGACCAUUGCCAUGAUGACAUGGAUAAACACUAUGCCCUUCGUACUUUCCGGGAAUUUCCACGGUGGUGCUGUCGUAGCUAGUUAUCCCUAUGACUCGGGAAUCUUCCAGUCAUGCUGCAUUGAAAGUAAAUCCCCGGAUGAUAACCUUUUCAAAUAUCUGGCUCACAUUUACGCUGAUAAUCAUCCAGUGAUGCACAGGGGUGAAUCAUGUCCUCCUGAUCGAUUUCCUGGAGGUGUGACAAAUGGAGCUUACUGGUAUGAAGUGGUGGGUGGUAUGCAAGACUACAAUUACGCCAGAUCAAAUGCCCUCGAGAUAACAUUUGAGGUCAGCUGCUGCAAAUAUCCAUCGGCUGACAUGAUGCUUGAACAUUGGAGAUUGAAUAAAGAGUCACUCAUUAAAUAUCUGGAGCAGGCUAACAUCGGAUUCAAAGGAUUGGUGAUGGAUACUGAAGGACGUCCAAUAGAAGCCGCCCAGGUUGGAGUAUAUGGAAUAAAUCGUAACGUAACAACAACAAGUCGUGGAGAAUACUGGCGCCUACUUCUCCCUGGAGAUUACCUUGUAUAUGCCAGUGCAUGGGGAUAUAAACCAAGUGAACCUAUACAUCUAACAAUACAAGAAGGCCCCGCAAAAAUACUGAAUUUCAGUCUGAUAUCUCUGUCUUCCGAGGAGCAACAAGCCCAAAUGUCCCAGAAACUCGAGGAAUACACAAAACCCCGUGAUAAGUACGGAUUUUAUGAAGAGGUAAAAUUCAAACAUCACAAUUAUACGGAGAUGAAGGCAUUCCUGAUGCAUCUGAAUGGAAACUACCCGAGCAUAACUCGUCUGUACAGCAUUGGUCGUUCUGUUCAAAAUCGAGAGCUGUACGUCCUCGAGAUAACGAAAGACCCUGGACAGCACGAUAUUAACAAGCCAGAGGUCAAAUACAUAGGGAAUAUGCAUGGGAACGAGGUAGUUGGCCGUGAGGUACUCCUCCUCCUAUUGAAAUAUCUCUGCGAAAAUUAUGGCACCGAUACAAGGGCAACCCGGAUCGUCAACACAAUUAGACUGCACGUUAUGCCGAGCAUGAAUCCGGACGGUUAUGAAAUAUCCCACAUGGGGGAUGUGGACAGUGUAAUCGGGAGAAAGAAUGCCCAUCACGUCGACUUGAAUCGCAAUUUCCCGGAUCAAUAUGGCAAGACCGAGCAACAUAAACAUCUAGAGCCGGAGACCAAAGCAGUGAUGAAAUGGAUCUCCGAAAUUCCGUUCGUUCUCUCGGCUAAUCUUCAUGGAGGAGCGCUGGUGGCCAACUACCCUUGGGACGACAGUCCAAGGAAGGAUGAGCCCGGCGAAAAUCUCUCGCCCGACGACGCUGUAUUCAAGGCCCUGGCCCUGUCCUACUCCAUGGCCCACCCAAGGAUGCACCUGGGUAAGCCCUGUCCAUCUCCUCCAGGAAGAUCCAGCCUUUUGGACGACGCCUUUCCUGACGGCAUCACGAACGGUGCUGCCUGGUAUCUCGUACCCGGUGGAAUGCAAGACUACAACUAUGUCCACAGUAACGCCUUCGAGCUCACACUUGAACUGGGCUGCACGAAAUUCCCUCGCCCUGAGGAGCUUCCCCGCUACUGGGAGGAGAACCGAGAGCCUCUGAUGACAUUCAUAGAGAUGUCCAGAAAGGGAGUUCACGGGGUUGUGCAUUCUUCCAUUGGUGGUCCCAUUCCAGGAGCGAAGAUUGAGGUAAACGGCAUCGAUCACGUCAUCCACACCGCCAAGGACGGAGAUUAUUGGAGAAUGCUGACGCCCGGACGUUACAAUAUUACUGCGAGUGCCUACGGAUACGAGUCCUAUACACAAGAGAUCACUAUCAGAGCCGAGAGGGAGUCCAGGAAAAGAGAAGUGGUCUUGGACUUCACCCUGAUGAAGGACGACGAUCAGCACUGGUCGUCAGCAUACGAUUUUGCAAUUAUAAAUAACUUGAGGAAGGGAUACUUGAGUAAUGGAGACCUGAACAGUGCAAUGGGUUUUCUGGAGUCCCAGAGGCCGAACAGCAUCGUUGAAUUCGAGGCUGGGGACUCGUUGAACAGCAUGGCAGUGCAUUCCCUGAAGAUCACGAGGAAUCUGGGGGCUCCAGAGGAGAAUAAAAUUCACAUAGCUCUGGUAGGAGGUGUGUUUGCCUCUCAGCCUGUCGGAAGGGAGAUAUUCCUCCGUCUGGCGUAUCAUUUGGUGAAGGGAGAUGUCAUUGAGGAUCCUCCUACAGUGCGACUCCUGGAUAACGCUGUAUUUCACAUUAUUCCGGGGCUAGACAAUAAAUUCGAUAAAGUUGGGGACAGGUGUAAUUCACAUACUCCGGAUGAAAUUGGAGAGCAGUUGUUGGCUGGAGGCGAUAAGGAUCCUGUCACCAAAGCCUUCAGACAAAUGCUAGCGUCGGAAGGGUACGACGUUGUUGUUACAGUCAUUGGGGGCAGUAUUGGAGUCAGCUAUACAGAUGAUUAUCUGAACGUCUAUAAGAGUCUGGCUGAGACCUACGAUGCUGCCAUGCACAAACAAAGCUGUGACACUGACGACAACUCCAGUGCUGUUGGGGACUACAUAAUGAAGAAUUACAAAAUUCCAGUAGUGACUCUGUCUCUCUCCUGCUGUAAAUACGCAGCCCCCGACUCAAUUCCACUGAUCUGGCGGGAUAAUCUAGCACCUCUGAAGGAGUUGCUCUUUGGAUUGACGACUGGAGUUCGAGCUGAGGUUCGAAACAGUCGGGAUGAGCCACUUCGAAACGCCAAAGUUCAGAUUGGAACUGAGAUUUAUCCAGUUACCAAAAACAUGGCAUACUUCAUCAAGGUUUUGACCCCGGGAAAGUACUCUCUAACUUUCUCAUGUGAUAAUUAUGCCACCAAGACUGUGAAUGUCGAGAUCACGAGCCACGAGAUGACAGAUAUCAAGGUUAAGCUGGAGGAUUUAAGAGCCACUGGAUCCAUCGUACCCGUUUCCAAGAAGCCUCUGGAGAACUUCCACGAGGAGAACGAGGUGAAUCGUUCCCUGGAUGAACUGAAUAAAAAAUACCCGAAGAUAACGGAAUUGAGGACCGUUGGGACAACGACCAAAGGCACUAGAGUACUUUCGAUUGAACUGGCUGCUAGAAAUACUAAGCACCAAGUCAUCAGUCGUCCCACCGUUGUCUUCUCAGCAGGGGUAGGCCAAGGAGCUCCAGUCACCUCCCAAGUACUUAUCCACUUCGCUAAUUACCUCGCUACUAAUUACCAGAAAGAGAAACGUGUAACUGACUUUCUGGAAAACUUCAGUAUUCUCGUGGCGCCGAAUUUAUUCCCAGAUACCGGGGAUAAACUGACGUGUUCAGCUUCCGCAUCAGGUCUUAAAUUCCCAGUCCACAAUCCUAUGAGUGCAGAUGCUGAAAUGAUAGCAAACUGGUUGGAAGGGACUAAAGCAGUGGUGGGUAUAAACUUGAACAGUGGAUCGAGACACGUGGAGAUACCCUACGGCUCUAGUCGUAAUAAUUCUGGUGACUUCAGCACCAACGACGACGAAAUUUUCAAUUAUCUCGCGUCCGCGUAUACUCGUAAUCAUCCGUCGAUGGUUCUGGCGAAUCAGAAGUGCCAGGAUGACGUCACGAUUGGGAAGGGUGGGGUCUCCCAUGGUGGAGAGGUCAUCCCAGGUGGCAGGAGAGACUCCCUCAUGGAUUACGCUUACUUGAACACUAGUACUCUGAUGCUUGAUGUUUACGUCACAUGCUGCAAUAGCGAUCAUGAGUCCGAUGUCUGGGAGUUGAAUAAAAACAGUCUUCUGGCGGUGAUGGAGGCUGUGGACAAGGGCGUUACGGGAUAUGUCUUGAAUGAGGACAGCGAGGCGAUCGGGGCGAUUCUGUCUUAUGACGAUUCUGUGCACAGAGUGAGGAACAUCCAGACUGGUGCCUUCUGGCUGCUGUUGCCAGCUGGAAGUCAUGCCGUCAAGGCAGAAGCUGAUGGAUAUAUCUCGGAUACUAAGGUCCUCACCACUCCAGAUAUCAAGAGGUUCUCCAAUCUCGUGUUCAAGCUGAAGAGAGAUGAGAGUAUCUUCGGGCUGCCUCGGUUAGUGUUCGUGGUAAUUUCGGGAAUUGUCUCCGUGGGAAUCGUUGUCCUGGGGAUCUGCUGCUUUAUGAGGUGCAAAGCUGCGAGACACGAGGAGACCAACAACAGGAGGGCUUAUGCCUUUAGUCUGUUAAAGGAUGGAAACAGCUUCUUUGAUGAUGAUGAGAAGGAAGUCGAGGUCUUCAAGAGACCCAACAGUGGGGAGCUUGUUGUGGCGAAGGAGCUGAACAAUACUAGACCAUAUUUCGAUGAGGAUGACCAGUCUGAGGAGGAGGAAGGAAGCGAUCUCGAAUUUGUCCGGCCGGAUGCCGAGUGGCUGGAGAAAGUUCCUAUUAUACAGAGUUAAAUUGCAGAGUGGAGUGACUGUCCUCCGUCCAGUUUUUAUACGUACUAGCGUCACCGCGGCAGCGGAAUUCAUGAUGGUUUUCACUAAUCGAUUAUCGAUUGUCAAAUGAUUGUUUACGACUAUGACAUAAUCGAUAACUUCCAUGAAAUCCGGCAUGUUCGAGUAAUUAUAUACAGUCUCUCAGUAAUGAAUAGGACUGAGUGUGAAUUUUACAAUUAUAUUUUUCUGAGGCGUUUGAGUCGUGAAUUGUUAGAGAUUAUGUGAGAAAUAAUCUAUUUUACAUUGUAUAUAUUAGAGUUUUACGCGUACAUAAGAGGAGGAAAUUCGUGCGAAUGAAGAUAACGAUAAAACUUUAUGAAUUGUGAUGAAUAAAUUCGCAUUUAUUUUGGUGAUUUGUACUUAAACGCACGAAAUAUUUCAGAUUUUGUUUAUUGCUCAUAAUUUUCGUGAAAACUAUUCACAAUGUUCAACAUUCCUCACUUCGACUUUUAGAGACGAUCUUCUGUUGAGAUAUAUAAAUUUGAUAAGAACAAUUUUAUUCAACUUUGUCUUAUGAAAAACAAUGUCGUAAAUGUAAUGCCUAAUUUAUGUACUAAAAACAUUAACAAUACGGAGAGCAUUGAGACAGGGCGUUGGCAAUACAGCGACAGCGAAUUUUUAAAAUAUAUUUUUCAUAAUAAUGAUAAUAAAAAUGAAUUGAUAUCACAUAUUCAACAACAUUCAA